GGGCUCUAUUACUUCUCCGUUCAUCGCGAUCGAUUCCUUUCGAGCCCUGUCGAGCCUGAAAUCCGACGAAUCGAGCGCAAACUCUCUGUCUGCAGAUUUUGGUCUUCUCCCACCUUCGACAAUGACGAAGCAACAAGCGAAUUGGUCUCCAUACGACAACAAUGGAGGAUCUUGUGUGGCGAUUGCCGGUAGGGAUUACUGCGUGGUCGCCGCGGACACUCGGAUGUCGACCGGCUACAGCAUCCUCACUCGCGAUUACUCCAAAAUCUCAAAAUUGGCUGACAAAGCUGUGUUGGCAUCUUCUGGAUUUCAAGCUGAUAUCAAAGCCUUGCAAAAGCACUUAGCUGCUAGGCAUUUGAUCUAUCAGCAUCAGCACAACAAGCAAAUGAGCUGUCCUGCUAUGGCUCAACUGCUUUCUAAUACCCUCUACUACAAGCGCUUCUUCCCCUACUAUGCUUUUAACGUUCUAGGUGGCCUUGACAACGAAGGAAAGGGUUGUGUCUUUACGUAUGAUGCUGUGGGUUCCUAUGAGAGGGUUGGCUACAGUGCACAGGGAUCUGGUUCAACUCUAAUAAUGCCUUUUCUAGAUAACCAACUGAAGUCUCCUAGCCCGCUCUUAUUGCCUGCACAGGAUGCUGUUACUCCACUAUCAGAAUUAGAAGCUGUUGAUUUGGUCAAGACAGUUUUUGUAUCUGCAACUGAAAGGGAUAUAUAUACUGGAGACAAGGUGGAAAUUGUCAUCUUGAAUGCCGAGGGUGAACGUCGGGAAUUUAUGGAUCUGAGGAAGGAUUGAAACUUUGGUCCUUGUAACUGGUUUGUUGAAGAAAGAGAAUUUCCGAUGCAAGCAUCGGUCAUUACCGUCCUUGGUGGUUGUCUUGGGCUUCUUUUGGCACGCACUUGAGUAAAUCUGACCUGCCGGUGGGUGUAAUUGAUGUUUUAGCCUGUUUAUGGGAAAUUGUUGCGAUUAUCAUGGCUGUUCGAGAGAUGAAUAUCAUCGUUAGACUCUGCUUUAUUUGCGGUAAACGAACUUCAUAGCAGUUUUAUGGAAAGGAUGCAAGUUUCGUUCUGUGUUGAA